AUGCUCCAAGCUCAUUAUCAGUUGGUCAAAGGUCUGACGUCUUUCUUCUUCCAAAAUGAUAUCACAAAUAUCAUCUACGCCACUAUCGUCUUGCAUAACAUGAUGGUGGGCGAUGAAGGUCAAGGGGUUUCCAACGUCCCCGUUGAAGCCACAACUGGAUCAAGCCACGAUGUUUCUAGCGAGUCCUACCAUCAGGGCAUCCCUCACAGCUACGAUGGGCUUCUUCGGAGAUUUGUUGAUGUACGCCAAAAAGCCGCCCAUGUUCAACUCCAGUAUGAUAUGAUUGAAGAAAUUUGGGCAUGCAGGCACUGGCACGAAUGA